AUGACGCUGAACCCUGAGAAUUGCUUGACUCACAACUCAGUCGCCAAAACUUUAUAUGAGUCAGACUUAGAUGACGAAAACUUCUCGUCAGUAGAAAAUUAUGGUAUCAGAGAACGCAGACGUAAGCUACAUACGGAAGCGGAACAACGCCGUAGGAAUGCUAUUAAGAGAGGUUUUGAAGGUCUUUUAGAGCUGGUUCAUCCAAUGAAAAGUGAAUCAACUUCUAACGUGAGGAUGAGCAAAUCGAGUAUCCUAAGUAAAGCAAUAACAAUGAUUGAAAGACUUGGAAAACAAAAGCACCAAAAGCUUUCAGAGGUUGAGAGUCUGGAGAAGGAAGUCAAAGCACUUCGAAUAUUGUGUUUGAAUUACGAAAAGAUGGUUCAAAAUAAUCCCGAUAGUGGAUGUAGAACAGUCGAGCCUAUUUCAGAUGAAACAAAACUCGAAGUUUUUCGCAUGUUUUCUGGUGCCUUGUUCAGCUCAUUUGAAGACAGAAUUGCUUUCAGCUCAUUCUCAGACCUUUCAGCAUCAGUAAUAAACUGGAUCGAGGAAAGCUGCAAACCUGAAAAAAUGGCAUUUGUGAUGGAUUCCGUUUUGGCCAGUAUUUUAAAUCAGAAUAACGAAAGGUCUUCAGUCGGUUGUCGGACUUUCCAUUUUGGUUCUGUACCAAACUACUCAGGGGGUACCAAUGAUGGUCAAAGUUACUGCAAUUCAAUGGGACCCAAACAUUCCUCUGCUGGAAACUUACUUCAGAUCAAUCUUCUAGGCAGCGGUUCUCUAGGUUACUCGUAUCCUCCGAAUAACUUUCAAAUACCUACUCAUCCUGCUUCUGGGAGUCCUGCACUGGAUUCUGAAAAGUGUGAUCCUCAUCUGAAACCAGUAUUUCCUGUUCAGUCUCCAAAUAGUUCCGUUUCGGAUCAAGUAGGUAUAAUCCAAAGUUCGUCGGAAUCGCAAGGUCUCUUUGACUUAAAGUUUCGGCGACCUGGACCAGCAGACAUUUGUGCUGGUAGUGGGUUUUACAAUUUUGGUCCAUUUAUACCUAAAAAUAUUAAUUCUGUGGUUGAUGAGUCAUCUUUAAGCACUGAUACAAUCAUAACAGACACUGUAUCAUCUCAUAAAACGAAUUCAUCAUGUGGCGUUGCGAUUAAUGACACAAACUUGUCCAAAGAAUUGUCACUUCAUAAUUCUAGUCAUAUGCCGCAGUACAAACAAUUCAUUGAUAAUUUAUUAUGA